UUAAAACUAAUUAAAAAUGAAUAGAUUAAAUGUAAUCUUUAUAUAUUCCAGCUAAUAUUUGUUCCUGGUACGGAGGCAGUUUUUUUCCUGCUGGGGUUAAAUUAACAACAACUACAUUUUAUGGGGUCAGUUAGUAAAUUUAUUGAUAUUUCAUCUGAUUUUAGAAAGAAAAUACAAGUAAAUUUCAUUUUUUUAAUCAUAUGGGUCAUGUGACCCCCGCCACUGCCUGGUACCCAUUAAUAAACUAGUUUCUGAAUGGAUGAAACCAAUAAUAUUCCAUGGAAAAUGAUUUUGCAUCGGCCACUAAUAUAUAACAACCCACUCCCUACAUAAAAUAAUAUCCGCAACCCCCACUCAACCACUGUUUACAAAUUAUUUGCUUACACUAACGAAUCUUAACAUACAAAUAAUUCAUGGAGCUAGCUCGAUCUACAACUAUAUAAGUGACACUGGUAAUGGUAGUUUUGGCAUCAGUACUUGAAAGCAACAAAGGUUACUACACUGUCUAAUACAUUUUUAUCGGCUUUCCAAAAACAAAGCAAAACUCUUGUUGUGAUCAUGGAAUUUUGUCAACCAAACAAAAACAACGGAAGUGCGUCUAGUGAUCCACUUAAUUGGAACGCAGCGGCCGAGGCUUUGAAAGGGAGCCACGUGGAGGAUGUGAAGAAGAUGGUGGAGGACUAUAGGAAAGGAACGGUGCGGCUCGGUGGAGAGACGCUGACUAUCGGUCAGGUUGCGGCCGUUGCGAGCAAAGGGACGACGGUGGAGCUUUUGGAGGAGGCUCGUGCCGGCGUGAAGGCUAGUAGUGAGUGGGUGAUGGAAAGCAUUAACCGUGGCACGGACACUUAUGGAAUCACCACUGGAUUUGGUUCUUCUUCUCGUAGGAGGACCAAUCAAGGUGCGGCUCUUCAAAAAGAGCUUAUUAGGUACUUGAACGCCGGAAUAUUCGCUACAGGCGACGAAGAUGACGACUUGUCAAACAUUCUUCCCCGUCCGGCAACAAGAGCGGCGAUGCUCAUCCGUGUCAACACACUCCUCCAAGGCUACUCUGGUAUCCGCUUCGAAAUCCUAGAAGCCAUCACAAAGUUCCUCAACCACAAAAUCACACCGCGCCUGCCUCUACGAGGCACCAUCACCGCCUCUGGUGACCUCGUUCCUCUAUCGUACAUCGCCGGUCUCCUCACCGGACGGCCCAACUCCCGAUCCGUGGGUCCAUCCGGUGAGAUCCUUACCGCCUUAGAGGCCUUCAAGCUAGCCGGAAUAUCUUCUCCUUUUGAGCUCCGGCCUAAAGAAGGGCUUGCGCUCGUGAACGGCACCGCGGUUGGGUCCGCUAUGGCCUCAAUAGUACUAUACGAGGCCAACGUUUUGGCAGUUUUUUCUGAAGUUGCUUCCGCCAUGUUUGCUGAGGUUAUGCAUGGGAAACCCGAGUUUACCGAUCAUCUUGUGCAUAAACUCAAGCACCAUCCUGGUCAGAUCGAAGCCGCGGCAAUCAGGGAACAUAUCUUAGACGGAAGCUCUUUUGUCAAAGAAGCUAUACGUCUCCACGAGAUUGAUCCGCUACAAAAACCUAAACAAGAUCGAUGCGCUCUGCGAACAUCACCACAGUGGCUUGGACCGCAGAUUGAAGUGAUCAGAGCCGCGACGAAAAUGAUUGAACGAGAGAUAAACUCUGUCAAUGAUAACCCGUUGAUCGAUGUGUCGCGAAACAAAGCUAUCCACGGUGGGAAUUUCCAGGGGACACCAAUAGGUGUCGCCAUGGACAACGCUCGUCUAGCCAUUGGUUCCAUCGGGAAACUAAUGUUUGCGCAAUUCACUGAACUCGUCAAUGAUUUCUACAACAACGGUCUACCUUCGAAUCUAUCCGGUGGGAGAAACCCUAGCCUUGACUACGGGUUCAAAGGCGCGGAAGUCCCCAUGGCUGCUUAUUGUUCCGAGCUUCAGUUCUUAGCUAAUCCUGUGACAAACCAUGUCCAAAGCACUGAGCAACAUAAUCAAGAUGUUAACUCUCUUGGUUUGAUCUCCAGCCACAAGACUGCGGAAGCUGUGAAUAUCCUCAAGCUUAUGUCAGCUACUUACUUAGUAGCUUUAUGCCAAGCCUAUGAUCUAAGACAUCUUGAAGAUAAUCUCAAGGAAACGAUUAAGGCGGUUGUGAACCAAACCGCGGAAAGACACACAUUCACUCUCAGCAAACCGUUCAUCGAACAGAACAUCCUCGGAGUUAUCGACCGCGAAUAUGUAUUUUCCUAUGUUUAUGACCUAAGCAGCCUCACUAACCCUCUAAUGCAGAAGCUGAGAAGCGUUCUUUUCGACCAUGCUUUAGCUGAACCGGAACAUGAGACGGAUUCGGGUUUUCGAAAAAUAGGAACAUUCGAAACAGAGCUGAAAUCUCUUCUACAUAACGAAGUUGAAAGAGUGUGGACCGAGUAUGAAAAGGGUAACUUUGUUGUGGCUAACCGGAUCAAAGAGUGUAGAUCGUAUCCGUUGUACCGGUUUGUACGGGAGGAGCUAGAGACGAGGCUACUAACCGGAGGGAGUGUCCGGACACCAGGUGAAGAUUUCGACGAAGUUUUUAAAGCCAUCUCUAAGGGAAAACUCAUAGAUCCUCUGUUUGAAUGCCUCAAGGAAUGGAACGGAGCUCCAAUCCCAAUCUCCUAAAAUGUUGUAUCCGACUCUACGUCAAGAAAUUCUUACGCAU